AUGUUAAACGGAUGGAUGGAGCAGGUUGGCGUAGCCCAAGCGAUUUACGAUAAUCAAGCCGAAUGGCCUGACGAAUUAGCGUUUGAGCGAGGCGA